AUGUCGUUGUCAGAGAAGAGUGAAAUCUCAAUACCUCCCCCUGCCAAGUGCAGGUCUCACUCAUCAAAUCCCAGCAACGUCACACUGGUCGACGUCGAGAAGGAGAUUGCCAAAAUCCUCGCCGAGAAAAAUGGCUCGUCGAAGGAAGUUGACCUUGAAGCGCAGGGCGGUGCCCGCAAGAAGAGACACGCCUUCAUCUCGUCCAUCCGAUACACCGCCCUCGACAUCUACCGGCGUCUCUUCUCCCUAGUUUUCCUCGCCAACCUGGCUGUCUUCAUUGCCGUCAUGACGGCGGACCGAAAGCUGCUGGCCCUGGUGAACGCCACGGCGGCCAACGUGCUUGCCUGUGGCCUGGCCCGCCAGCCGCUGGUGGUCAAUGCCAUUUUUGUCAUUGUCUGCUCGAUUCCGCGGUCCGCGCCGUUGCGGCUGCGUCGCAUCGCGGCCAAAGUGUACCACUAUGGUGGGGUCCACAGUGGGUGCGGCAUCGCUUCUUUCCUCUGGUAUGCAGGCUUCGUUGGCCUGAUGUCGAAGGAGUACUGGUCUCCAGCCGAAGCGGGCAACGCCGCCUUCUCAAUCCUGCCUGUGGUCCUCUCGUAUAUCAUCCUAGCCUUACUGCUCGCCAUCAUCCUCGUCGCCCACCCGGCCUUCCGCAUGAAGAAGCACGACUAUUUCGAGCUUACACAUCGCUUCUCCGCUUGGGUCGUGGUGGUCCUCUUCGUCAUCCUCCUGCUCGUCUUUUCCGGCGAGGCCAGUCGCGCCGCCAACCAACCUCUGGGGACCUUCCUUCUCCAUCUCCCAGCUUUCUGGUUUCUCGUGAUUACGGUCCUCGCUAUCAUCCACCCGUGGCUACUCCUCCGCAAAGUUCCCGUCGUUGGGGAAACUCUUUCCCCGCACGCGGUCAGGCUGCACAUGAACCACACAAGCACCACCUUCGGCAAGGGCAUCCAGCUAGCCACGCACCCCUUGCAAGACUGGCACGGCUUUGCCACCUUCCCUGACCCCGACGGAGCGAGCUUCUCAUGCCUGGUCUCAAGAGCAGGCGACUGGACCAGCGCCCGCAUAAAAUGCCCCCCAAAACACAUCUGGAAACGCGGUGUUCUCAUCUACGGCUUCGCGUACGCCAUGCGGGUCUUCAAGCGUGUUAUCGUCGUCACAACGGGCUCAGGCAUCGGUCCCUGCCUCUCCUUCCUUGGCGAUGAAAAUCGUCCCGCUCUCCGGGUGGUAUGGCAAACCCGUUCCCCGCUCAGAACAUACGGCCGGGAUGUCUUCAACCUCGUAAAGAAGCUGGAUGACGACCCCGUGAUCAUCGAGACAAAUCAAUCCGGGAGAGUAGAUAUGCUCCCCAUCAUCCGGAGGUUAUACUCCGAAUUCGAAGCCGAGGCCGUCUGCGUCAUCAGCAACCCCGUCGUCACGAAGAGGGUCGUCUUCGACUUGGAAAGCGCGGGGAUACCCGCCUUUGGGCCUAUUUUCGAUUCAUGA